AUGUCAGGCUCAGGCCCGCCUGGAGCGGCUCCGGCUGGCUCCUAUGCUGGCCCAUCACAGCAUGGCGGUACUGGAGGAGCUCCUGCAGGGGGCAACACCGGUGGAGGGACAACGAACACCACUACCUCUGCCUCCGACCUCAAUAAGAUUCCUGAGACCUUGUGGCUUCUCUUUCAAAUGGAUGAACGACAGACUGAUGACCGUGGUGAUCGCUUUGUGUUCAAAAAGGUGACGGACUAUCUCCUUAAGAAGGGCUUCACCAAGACUGAAGCGACUUUUAGAAAGGAGUCGGCUCACACAGGAUCCGAUGGUAGGCCUAUCAGGAAAACCGUACAGGAUAUGGGCCCUGAGCGGUACGCCAAGGCCUUCAAUAUUCUCAAGGACUGGAUCGACAAUGGUCUGGACCUAUACAAGUUCGAACUUGCCAAAGUUCUCUGGCCUAUCUUCGUCUACUCAUAUCUCGAUCUCGUGUCGCAACAAUGCGGCACCGAAGCCAAGAAAUUCCUCGAGACGCUGAAGCCACACUUUGAGAAUGUCCACUCUGAUGACCUCAAGACGCUGGCAUCGGUUACCUUGCCACCCCACAUCAAGGAGAAUCACACGACUAAGCUGUAUAUGGAGAACUCCUACAAGAUUCCCCUGAAUCAACAUGCCGCAGGCCAGCUCCUCCACUUCCUCGAGCGUGAGACAGACAACGGCGGCUUUGUCAUCUCGCAGAUCCUCCAGGAGCGCUGCUCCGUCGACUCUACUGCACGAGGACCCAUCGAGCAGUACAGUUUUGAGGCCAUCUAUCGCCGGGCCCAGAACAUCGAGCUCGAUGACAUCGACGCGCAGGAGGGCAUUCCCGGGGUUUUCACGGGCGUCAGCAACCGGGACGUUCUUAACGCAAACGCGCCUCUAAAGUUGGGCCCCAUGCCGAUGGAGCCGGAACUGCGGGAUGAUGUGCGUGCCGAACUUGAGAACGAAGAUGCCAGGCAUCCUCCAGCUGAUGGAGUGCCGAAUUUGGUGGACGAGUUCGAUCGCAAGAUUAAGCGCGAGGAGAGUGCCGACGGUCCUACCCGAGCUGAGCUUCCACUACCUCCGUCUCGCGCCAAGGACGUCGUGGUUGAGAUGCAAAAGAUUCGGGAGAACCGCGACCGAUUCAAGAUCGAGGGCCGCACCGGAGGAGUUGGCGUUCCCGUCUCGGUCUGCAUGUUCACCUUUCACAAUACAUGCGGCAGUUUGAACUGCAUGAGCUUUUCAAAGGACAAUAAGCUUGUAGCGUAUGGCACUUCUGAAUCGUACAUUCGGGUCUGGAGCAUAGACGGAAAGCCGCUGCGAUCCAAGGCUAUCGGAGAUAAGGAAACGACCAACAAUCGCAAGCUGAUCGGCCACUCUGGCCCGAUCUCGGGCAUUUCAUUCUCGGAUGCGGUCCCUUUCAUGGAGAAGAGCCCGUUUGAUAACAACAAGCCGGCUCCCGAAACGGAUGCCAAACUGCUCCUCUCUUCUAGCUUUGAUGGCACUGUGCGUCUCUGGUCUCUCGAGACUUGGAGUCAACUGUGUAUCUACAAGGGUCAUACCGGACCGGUUAUGAGGGUUCUUUGGGGUCCUCUUGGCCACUACUUUGCGACGGCUGGCUGGGAUAAGACUGUGCGUGUGUACAGCCAGGAUCAUGCUUCAGCACAGCGGAUCUUUGUCGGACACGACACUCCUAUCUCCAGGAUCGCGUGGCAUCCCAACGGGACCUACAUCUUUUCUGCUUCAGACGAGUCGGACAAGUCUAUUCGGAUGUGGUCUGUGCCUAAGGGAGAGUGCGUCCGGGUCUUCAACCACCAUGCCGACUAUAUCAGCGCUCUGGAGUGUUCACCCAACGGCAAGUUGCUCGCGAGCGCAGAUAUUGGUGGCAACAUCAUCCUAUGGGAUAUCGACAAGGGCACCCGCAUCAAGCGAUGUCGCGGCCACGGCAAGGGUGGCAUCACGUCCCUGAGCUUCAGUGUCGAGUCGAAUGUUCUCGCCUCGGGCGGUCUGGACGGUACCGUUCGCGUCUGGGACAUUGAUCUGCCGAAGGACGCCACCAAGGUCCCUACUCUCGGCGGACCGUCCUCGGCCGCUCCUCAGCCGCAGGCGGAUGGGACGGGCGCAGCCGGCGACACCAUCGCUGUUGGCGGAGGUACGGGAGACCGCAGCAUCACUGUCGGAGGCCAAGCGCCUGCGCAGUCGGCACCUGCGGCCACGACGAGUGGAGGAACUGGAAAGAAGAAGGGCAAGGAGGUGAUGAUUACUGCUGACCAGAUCUCCGCCUUUGCGACCAAGAAGACGCCGGUGCUCAGCGUCGAGUUCACGCGCAUGAACCUCUUGGUUGCUGGUGGCUAUUUUGACCCAUGA